ACUAGUGAAGGCAUUGGCCCUUCCUAUACUCUCAAUUGCACAUCUCUGGCGAAGAUGGGGGCGAACGGUCAACUGCGCCAUUUGUUUGCUAGCAGUCAAACCUACCCCUCCCAUCUUUUCUUCUGGUUGAUCACCUCAAUCAUCCCCCAAUUCAGCCAAUUUCUGCUUCUUCUACUCAUUGACUCUCCUCGAAAUCUUUGCGACCAUGUCAAGCCAACCUCUUACCUGGGUGGUCACUGGCUGCUCCUCCGGCCUGGGUGAAGCCCUUGUCCCCGCCAUUCUCGCCCAGGGUGACCAAGUGAUCGCAACCGCCCGCGCGCGCGAUAAUCUGAGCGGUACCGACCGUCUGGCUGCCCUCAAAGCGGCCGGUGCGACUGUAUACGAGCUCGAUGUCUGCCAUCCGCAAGAAGAGCUGGAUACCCGGGCGCGCGAGAUCUGGCAAAUCUACGGCAAGGUCGACGUACUGGUCAACAACGCCGGCUACAUCGACAUGGGCAUUGUCGAAGAGAUCUCUGAGCCCUUCCUCAUCAACGCCCUCCGCACCAACGCCUUCGGCCCGCUGAACGUCUCCCGCGCCUUUCUGCCGCUCAUGCGCGCCCGGAAGACGGGCACGGUGCUCUUUACCAGCAGCGUGGGCGUCUACUACGGCGCGCCGGGGGCCUCCUGCUACACGGGCGCCAAGGGCCUGUUGGAGACGGUGGUCCCGAAUCUGGCGCUCGAGCUGGCGCCCUUCGGCCUCCGGACGGCGCUGCUGACGUACAGCUACUGGGUGGUCGUGCGCAGCCUGGCGGGGAAUCUGUUCUAUUCGGCGACGACGCGCCGGUAUGCUGCGGCGGUGGAGGGGGCGAGGUUGGAGGGGUGGGGUGGGGAGUAG